AAUAUAAGUAACACAUGGCAGGUUAAGGGUUAUCUGUCUGGCCCAAUACCAGGGGAGGGUGGGAUAUGAGGAGAAGAUAACAUGGUUUUGCAUGUUGCACAUUCAGCUGAGAGACAGGACUGGGCUACAGACUGCUGGACUCCCUGCAUUUGGAGAGUGAGCUCUGAAGGUGCAUGAGUGCCUGGGCUAACAGGUUUGCUGGCCGCUGCAAGGAUUCCUACUGGCAAAAGAUACACAUGUGCCUCGGAAAAUGGAAAUUGUGUAUGAUUAUCAGUUCGAAAAUGACUCGGAUUAUUGGUUUUGUCAGAUUGCGGACAACGGGAGCAUCACGUGCGUCAACGGAAAUUUCUCCAAUACGACGCUUCCCCCCAAAGAUAUGCACCAGACCGUGAGGAUUCUGCUCUACUCCCUGAUCUUCCUGCUCAGUGUCCUGGGGAACAUCCUGGUCAUUGCCGUGCUCAUAAGGAACAAGCGAAUGAGAACAGUCACUAACAUUUUCCUACUGUCCCUGGCUGUCAGUGACCUGAUGCUGUGCCUCUUCUGCAUGCCCUUCACCCUUAUUCCCAACCUGCUGCGAGACUUCAUCUUCGGCAGUGUCGUGUGCAAGGCAGCCACCUACUUCAUGGGCAUCUCUGUGAGUGUGUCAACAUUUAACCUGGUUGCCAUUUCUCUGGAAAGAUACAGCGCUAUAUGUAAGCCCCUGCAGUCCCGUGUCUGGCAGACUAAAUCCCACGCGCUGAAGGUGAUCGCCGCAACAUGGUGUGUUUCAUUUGCCAUCAUGUCUCCGUACCCAAUUUACAGCUCAUUGGUUCCUUUGAACAAGAUUCAGAAUAGGACAACACAUAUGUGUCGCCUUCUGUGGCCCAGUGACCUCACUCAGCAGUCGUGGUAUGUUUUCCUGCUGCUCCUGCUGUUCCUGGUACCGGGGAUUGUAAUGACUAUAGCAUAUGGCUUAAUCUCCAUGGAGCUUUACAAAGGGAUCAAGUUUGAAGUCAGUCAAAGAAAAGAGCGAACGAGCAGCAUCAGCAGCAGUCGGUAUGAACAUGGAGACGGUUGCUACCUUCAAAGGACCAAGAGAAGGAAGAAGCUAGAGAUGCAGCAGUUCUCCACCCCUCACAGCACCAAGAUCGAAAGAGUGAGGAGCAACAGCUCAGCCGCCAAUCUCAUGGCCAAGAAGAGAGUUAUCCGCAUGUUGAUCGUCAUUGUCAUCCUGUUCUUCAUCUGCUGGACCCCUGUCUUCAGCGUCAAUGCCUGGAGAGCCUUUGACACGGAUACAGCAGAUAUCAGUCUAUCAGGGGCGCCCAUUUCCUUCAUUCAUUUGCUCUCCUACACCUCGGCCUGCGUCAAUCCCAUCAUCUACUGCUUCAUGAACAAGCGCUUCCGCCUGAGCUUCCUGGCGACGUUCACUUGUUGCAGCAACAGAGGAGUACAGGGCAGGAGGAUGGUCCCAGGAGCAGCAGAUGAAGAGGGGAGGACCACUGGGGCUUCUCUCUCCCGAUAUACCUACACCAAUAUCAGUCUUUGUACCACUGCAUCAGCCCCAACAUGAUACUGAGGGUAAAUUAAACCAGAAACAAAAACGAUGGAUUGUUUCCAGUGCUUAGGAAACGAAAUGAAAGUAACUUGGUUUAAUUAUAAGUUGGCCUCCAGUUAUCAACAAUCUCCAGUGGGACAUUCAUCUGGAUAAUUCUGUACUUUACUAGUCUGUUGUGCCAACUAUCUACCAAACUGGCUGUGAACAUGAAUAAGUGGCUGAUACAAACUAUUUUUAGACAUCACUUAAAGGGGUUAUUCUCCUUUGCAUUAACUUUUAGUAUGAUGUAGAGAGGGAUAUUCUGAGAUA